CUUUAUUGGAAAGUCCCCUUCUUCGACGUAGCCUUCUAAAUGAGCCUGGAAGGUGAAUUGAAUACAUAAAUAUAUCACUCCUUCAUACGAUUCAACGUACACUAAAACUGUCUCAGUUGCAAAUUGUGUACUAGCAAGCAAGCACAAUGCGUAUCGAUUGGAUUUACAAUGCCUUUCUCGGGCUUACAAGUUGGCUAGGCGAGCAAGUCCCUCUAUCCAGCGGAAGGGAACCACAACCACUUGUCCCACUCGCCUUAGGCAAUUACACAAUGCCAAUCACGCACAAUGGCGGGAAAGGUCUCCAGAAGAUGUUCGAUUCAGGCAUGAUGCACGAGUUUGGAUUCAACCAGCGUGAAGCUGCAGAGGCUUUCAGAAAUGCAAUCAAAGCUGAUCCGACCCAUUGUGCCAUGUGCUAUUUUGGCCUGGCCUAUUCCCAUGGUGCGUACCUAAAUAAACCCCACAUGUCUGAUGACGAUAUAGAUAUCGCAAGCGAUUCUAUUGGAAAAGCAAUGCGAAUCAUCACAGCUAAUCCUGAGGAUUUCACAGAGCUGGAGUAUGGGCUGAUCGGGGCGAUGAAUGUUCGUUUUCAGCUGCCACGCCUGCGCAUCAAUCAGACUGCCACAUUCGUAGCCUAUGCAGAAGCCCUAGAGGCUCUGGCAGCAAAGGUGGGGGACAAUGGAUCGGGUGGGUGGGAUGUGCUUGCCCUGUUGGCGGAGAGCUAUAUGACGCUCGAGUCGACACAUUAUUACACUGUAGAGACCAUGGACGAUACCAACGUCACAGCUCGGUUAUUCAACCCGUAUUCCCGCAAAGCCAACACAAUACUCGUGGGAAUGCUGGGUCCGGGCGCCGAUCAGUCGCGCACACACUACACACUACAUCCACUCGCAUUGCAUUUGUAUCUACAUCUGACCGAACCCGGUGUGCCUGGUCAUGGGGGUCCGGGAGCUGGUCUAGGCGAGCAUGCAGCGGAUGUUCUCUCAAGUCUUAAUCUCACUGGCUCGGGGCACCUGGAGCACAUGCCUGGCCAUCUAUACCUGCGCACGGGUCGAUACGCCGAUGCUGUAAGUGCGAAUAUCAAGGCGAACGAGGCUGAUCAGCUGUAUAUGGACAGGGGUAUGAGUGCUUAUUUUCCCUGCCACAAUAUAUAUCUGGGUGUGUAUUCGGCCAACAUGGCUGGUAUGCGUUCUGAUGCACUGCACGGUGCAGGCUUGAUGCGAAGUAUCUACGCGAAGGACCCGAACAGGAAGGACUAUCCGAACACCCAGGAGGGCUGGAAUGCUGCGUUGACCACAUACGUACGGUUUGGAGACUGGCAGCUGGUGUUGGAUGAUAAGAUGAGCGUGCCAGAUAUGGAACCUCCUCCAUUGUUUGCACACGCUGUCAGGUACUACAGCAGGGGACUGGCGCAUCUACAUGUGAUUGUGGCGGGAGAUGUAGAUGAGGGUCUGACUCUGGCCGAACACGAGCUGGCCAAGUUGCAGCGCGUUCGUUUAGAUAUUGGGGAUAGCAGGCUUGCCCCCUUGGUGAAAGUAGCGGAACAGGUAUUAGAAGCUGCCAUCUUGCUGAAGAUACAUGCUACCAUGCAGUCGCCUGAUUCGGGUCCAAUCACGUACAGCUCCGGGCUGGGACGUAUGAUGGCGGAUAAUGCGAACGGAGUGACCGAGAACACGCAGACACGUGCUACACGGCUGUUGAAAAAGGCGAGUGACGCGCAGAACUCUUGGUACUAUAUUGAGCCGCCAGAGUGGCACAUGCCUGUACUACAGUGCUACGGCAAGGCUUUGUUGGAUGCGGGUCUAUACGAAGAUGCUGUGGAGGUGUAUAACCACGAUCUGCGCGUGUAUCCCAACAACGGAUAUAGUUUAACUGGACUACUACAGGCCUCGCAGGGGCUGGGAGCAGAUGUCUCGGACAUUCGUGCUCGUUUAGCACACAGUUGGAAAGAUGCCGAUGUUCCUUUACCUAUGUCGAGUUGUUCUAUUCUAGAGUUCUACUAAGUUGAGACCAGAUAGUGUUGGUAUGGGUCAAACAUUGUAUUGUUUACCCUGGCAGUGCCCAUCGACUGACUGUCGACCAUCCGAUAGGCCUGUAUCUGUGCUGCUUGCAUUGCUGCUUCUACCUGUGCUAUAGGCAUUUCUGCUUAUACUUGUGCUGUAGGCGUCUCGCUCUUCACUGAGGAGGUUUCUGUUAUGGCUCAGUCUGUACUAUUCUGCUUAAGCGAUGAGGGUUUAAUACCGAAUUUGAUAUCGGUGUGGUACUUAAAGUCACCGAUCGAUACCAAAUCACUGCAUCUUACUGAGCAAAGGUCAUUACGUACGACUAAUAACGGUGACCUGUUGAAUGUCGCGCACUUGGCAGCCCCGCCAGAGAUUUAUUUUGCUAGUGCGCUGGUAUAUCUUGGCUCUCACCUGGCGUAUAUUACUUUUGAAGUUUGUGUGAAAUAUUGUCACACCUCCUAUGACAGCAGACAUGGCCUGUGUUUUGUAGCACCUGGACUGGACAGUAAAUUUCAGGUAUUUUGAUUUACAUGCGAUUACAUUUUAGCGAGGCAUUGUGAAACUCCGGCGUUUCACAAGUCUCCAUUUACUAUAAAAUAUCGAACACGCCCAUGUCAAUGGGCAACAUAUUUUUCAUAAAAAUACAAUAAAUGGCAAGAAAGAAUUUGCUUUAUCAUAGCACAG